UGGGCUGCAACGGGGAUCCCAGCAGGACUAGAUUUACUGCUAAUCCAGCAUAAGGAGUGUGCGGGGACAAGCUGCCGGACUGUGGAGCUUUACUUUCUGUUUUCAUUUUCUGACAGAGCUGUUGAUGAGAAGUUUGAGUUCUGGCCUCUCUGACUGAGGAUGUGAGGAUGCCAUCUUUGAGGGCCCGCUGAGAGAACCUGCUCCAGCUGGACGUUCAUGGCCAAAUGUAGAGUGAGGGUGGCCGAGGAGAAGCAGCGCAACGGCACCAUGUCGGCCACGCAGGGGAUGAACCGCAACGGCGUCUACAACUACUUCCUCAACAUGGUGGCCUAUCAGGUGAGAGCUGAGGAGCGGCAGGAGGCAGAUGCUGCAGCUGCUGACUGACAGUCAGAUAAAGGUGGAUUCUGUCUAUUAACCUCUAUGGGACACGCAGUCCUGAAGGGGGGGAAGAUGAUUUAAGAUGCAGCUGAAGUGUGAAGGCAGUUUUCCACUUUAGAUGUUUGAUUACAGGAAAAGUUUUGAUAAAACAAAAACCGAAGUAAAAAUCCUUUAAAAUUUACAACUUAAAUAUUUAAAGAAACAAAUCAACACAUUUUCUGAAGAGAAGAUGGUGUUUUCUGCACAAAUUCAGAUUGCUGACUGUCCUCUAUUUUCAGCUCAGACACAAAAACAACUGACUAAUUUUCCUUUAUAGUAUCUAGACAUUGCACCAACUUAAUAUUUUCCCCUAACUAGUUGAAUUUGUGUUUUAAAGUUUCCAAAGUGACAGUCCUGGAAAUGAAAAACUGCAGCUGUACAAAACUAAAAACUUUGCUACAAAUGGAGAUUAUUUUCAAUCUGGAUGAUAACUGAGGUUGUUUACACUUACGCAGAGUUAAAUAAAGUCUUAAUUUAUGAUAAUUAUUUUAAAAGACUGCAUCGGUGCACCCUGUCCAUUGCCUCUAGCAUUGCACGUGUCCUGUGUGUGUGUUAGUUAGUUUUGUUCUUCCUUGUGUUGCUCUGUCUCUCAGUUGUAAAUCACUCUGGACAAAAUAGUCUGUUAAAUCAUAUAAUAAUAAUGUGAAGUACGGACACUUUAAUCAGUAGGUCAGUCAAAAUCUCAACUUUAGUUAUAAUAGGACAUAUUGUUAAAUAAAUGUAUUAUUUCCCAUACACAGAUUGAGGUUGUAAACCUGAACUGUCACAUAAAUGUAAAACACUUCCCUUAAAAAACACAACACAGCACAGGGCUGCAGGAUUUUGGCCAAGAACAAAAUCCUGAUUUUUUUCUCUGAAAACUCGAUUUUCAAUUUUUUAUCUAGUGACAACUUCACCAAUCUUCGCUUCGAUAAUAAAAAGUUUUUCUAUUGUCUCUUAAAACGAAACCACUGAAAUCGAUGUAUUUGCCAAGAUAGUAAGUGGCGCUGUAAGAGUACAGAGCAUGCGUAAAAAGGUUGUUUUGGCCGAACACAUGCAGGCGCCAUAAAAGAGUUUCGCUGUGUGUCACAUGAUCGUUUCCAGAGAUUCAGAUAGACAUCCACACGGAGAUGAAAUGGUCGUCGUUUAUGGAUUUAUACACCUUCUGACCCGUUUUCAAAAAGUAGCGUUUACAGUCACCCCAACACGACGUUUACUCUUGAAUUCGUUUCCGUGGUGACGGGUUGAUACCGCCUUCAGACAGACUUUACAGCGGGGAGUGGUUUACUCUUCAUCUGAAACUGUGAAGUCGUACCAAUUCAACACGACUGACUUGCUAUCGCCUCCAACAGCAGGUAUUCAUGCUUAGAAAAAUUACAAUGUGAAGACUUAUUUUGUCUUUUAACACUAAUUUCACAAGGAUGAGACAAAAUAAGCAACGAUGUGAGUUCGCUCUUUGUCCAGAGGGGGCGCCAAAGUCAACACAGAACGUUCCUCACAGGAGCUUUAAACAACCAGAUGCAAAUUAAGGCAUAUUUCCAAACACAGCGUAGACAUUUAAUUCUAGAUCAAAACCCUCCAUGCUGUCAAACACCUUUGCGUGGUUACUUUAGGAUAGAUAUAGUGCAUUAAAGCAUUAUGGCAGUAAGGCAAGUCUCUUUAUACAGAACAUUGUGCAGAGUCAUGUCAAAUUACAUCAGGUUGUAUCAGUUUUGUCAUGUUGUCCACCAGUUUGCACGUCUUUGUCCUUCCAGUUACUCUGUAAAGUCUUUAUCUCGGCCCUGAGAGAGAAUACAGCAGUUUUACAAACUUGUAGGAAAUGGUAUACAGCCGGGAUAACGACUCAAAGGACGCUCAGCCAUGGUUACAAACCAAGGCCGAGUUUAAAAGGGGGGGAAAAAACAAGGUCUGAACUUCACGAGCGUGUUUCAUUCUUGUCAGACUUUACAUUGUUCAGAGAUGCACGCCAGCAGAGUUUAAGUAACGCUCCGUGUUGGGAAAGUGAGAAAACAACUUAAUCUCUGAGCUUUCAGACUUUUCGGCUCCGUCUGUGGCUCAGACAGGAAAAACUCUGAAGACCCAAACUUUCCACUGGAGUUCAGAGUAUUUUGAAUCAUUCAGAGAAAAGAUCAGAUCUGUAGUUUUUAGACAACGUUACUCAACCAGAGGAAGGCUGCUAUCAGGGGACUAUUUUCAGCGGUGGAUUAAUCCACAUUUGGUGCUCUAGUGAGUAUUUGGGGCAACAGUACGGUGAGUCAAAAUAAACUCUGUGAAGGUGUUGGAGGUAAUUAAGUAACAGUUCAGACAGUGUCACAGGAGGCUCUGUGGUGGGGGUUAAUCGAAGACGAGGUGCCGAGGGACAGGAGAAGAUCCUGGUCAUGAUACCGGUCUAACAAAGGGAACGGGUUCUGCAAACAUCUCUUUUCUUAUUUUGGGGAACCAUUAGUCUCACAGUUUAUCUUUAAGUGUUAGUGAACAGUAUGGUAGUUUUUUUGGGGGGGUCUGGAAUAAUGUCACCUCUGUUGGGGAUGUUUUGUCUCCAGUAUCCAGACUCUCCAAUUGGUACUUGAGAGUCGAUCUGCUGCUCUUCAAUACAGUUUAAACAGCUGAAAGACUUUCUGAUCUACUUACAGCUAAUAAUCAAUAUUAUUCACAUCUGAGUUUUUACAUUAGCCGAGUUUAAAUCACAUGAAAUUUGACUUUUCCAUUUUCAGUAAAGUCUUAGCGUUUGUAUUUCCUGUUGGUGUAACAGCAGCACCCGAACAAGGUCCUCCUCCCUCUAACGUUUCUGUGUCUGUCUGUUUUCUUCAAUUUUACUGAUGCCUCUUUAACUCACGCAUGCUUUUUUAGUCAUAUUUCAGGAUGUUUUGCUUUUAUCAGAUUGGAGGUUUGGGGUUUAGAAAGUGAGCGAGGAUUUGCAGCAAAGGGUCAAGGCUGGAAAUUAUACACUACUAGGUCAUUUGCGCCCCUGCAGUUAACUGUUAUGGCUCAGAGGGAGAAGUAUUUAAACCUCUAUUUCCGAACCCUGAUCCCCUGUGUUCGCACCUCAGCUAAUGUGACUUUGAGACCCAUGCUUGUGCAGUGAAAACAAACUACAUUUAGAUAAAAUUUAGAUUAAAAAAAUUUUUAAAACAUUUUUUCUGCUUCAAUAUUUCCUCAAAAAAACAACAAAACAGCAGCGUUGUUCUGUAAUUCCCCAGAACGUUCUAACAUUAUAAUUCUUUUCUUUAAACCUAAUAUUUACGACCUCUGGAACUGGAGUCAUGACAGCGAAGUGAGGCAACAUUCAUUCAGUUUAUUUCAACAUCUGUGGCAGCCUGUUUCAAGCCAAAUCAGAGUUAAAACCAAUCCUUAAAAACGUGUAAAACUGUACGAAAAAAAAGGAACUUGACUUUCACUUUUGUGUCUGCUGCAUACGAACAGAGAUACAUUUAGACCACUGCUGCAUCAAGUUUGCUAUCCAGUCAGGAUUAACUCUCAGAUUAUCUUGCUGUAUACCUGGAAAGAUGCAGAUCCUUUAAUCAUGCACAAACAAACAACCUGAGGGGAUUUUAUUCUGGACAAUGAUGCACAAUGUGACCUGAGAUAAAUCCUGAUUUUACAGACAGUUGUUAAAUGUGCACGAGGACAUUAUCACUCUGCAUUAGAAUAAAAUGCUCUGAUUGUUUUUCACGUGCAGGAUCUCACAUUACAUCUCAAAGAUACAGAGUCAUUUACACGCGUCUAAACCUGGCCAACAGUCUCUGAUCCAUCAAACUGUUUUGCCUCUAUACUCAACAUACUAUAUAACCCACUGUAUUAAAUUUGAUACUAUUAAUCUUGUGAUAUCAACCUCAAAGUAGGUUGGAGGACAGACCCGGCAUUAGUGAGAAUUCUUUUAAAACACCUGGUGAAAUAAAACAGCUGAUUCGCUGUCUUCUUCAAACAUGAACUGAUAUGAUUCAAAACAAAAAUCCGACAAUUUUGACCUCAUUUCUUUCAGACUGAGCCACAGAGUUUAUGAACGGACAAUUAAUGAAAUAAUGAAAUAAUGCAGAAUUAUAUCUACAGGUUAAGGAGCAACAGGACUCUGUAGUUGGAGUCACUGCAUGGGCUUAAUGUCACUUGUCUGUAAACUGUCCUGAGGUCUGAUGAAUCAAAAUCUGACACUCUUUUGGCCUAAGGCGAAACGUCUCAAGUAAGUCCAGUUGUCCUUUCAACAGAGAACUGGAAAUCAUAGAUGCUGCGUCCUCAGUUCUAAACAAUAUCUACAGGUUUAGGAGCAACAUCUGCUGCCAUCAAGACAAUGGGCUCUAUUUUCGUGUCCGCCGGCGACAUGGCGGAGGGUGGCGGACCCUGCGCAGUGGUAUUUUCGUCUGGCAGAGCCCAGCGUACAGCCAGUUUGGUAUUUUCAUGGACUGAGGUGCACUGAGGUCCGCCAAGCUGGGCGUGGUGGUGCAGAAUCAGCUGGCAUUGUGAUAUUUUCGUGCUCACCACUGGCUUGUAAAGUGCGCUGAAAGCUCGCAGAUUCAAACCUGGUCAGCUUUCAGCGCAGGUGGAGCGCAGCUGGUCUAGUGGUAUUUUGGUAGACAGGCGGCGUAGUGUAUACAUCACUGAUGGACUGAAACUGGACUGAUACGCUCCUGACUUGUACCCCUUUGAACACAUUUUGAGUAUCAAAGAAGACUCCGAACCGCUUGCAGCUGAAAUCCAAAAUCAGGAAUGAAUGGGACGACAUGUUUAUGUCAGAACCCCAGGAAUCAGGUCAAAAACAAGAUUCGAGAUGACAGACCGGCCAUAAAAGCAUCCAAAAAAGGACCAAAAGCUCAGAGGAACGCACAUUUAAAGAGGAAUAAAGCUCAUAUAAGUGAUUUUUGACCUGAUUUAGUCUAUAGAUAGAGAUGAGGUCGAUUUUUAGACUUUAGCGAGCAUCUCUCAUCUGAUGAACGAUCAUCCGUCCAUUUGAUCAUCCUUUAUCUCUUACAGGGUCAAACCAUUUUUAGCUCGACUGUACGUGAUUGAAGCUCGAUUUUCAUUCAGGCCUCCGUUCAGCGGGAAGUUGUGGGAUUAUGUCCUCAGGGUUAUCCGUCAGAUUAUUGCAUGCACGUGAGGAUUAUUAAUAUUUCUCUGCAAAACGCAUUCACAAAAAUGGAGACAGGAUUCCUCGUAUUGUGAAUCAGUGAGCAAAGCUGAGAACUCCUGUUUGUAAGGCUGUAAUCUGCAGAGUUUCCAGAUUUAUGUGCACUGAUGUGUGUCCUUCAGCUGAGUUCAGGAUGAGCGGUGAUGGGCUUGAUUUUGCAGAAUCAGAACCAGCCAGAUGUGGGUGGGCUCACUGGAUUAAUCUGCUGCUCUGCCAAACUUUAUCUGUGUCAAGUCGUCUGGCGUGCUGACCUCCAAACGUCUUCAGACAGCUGCGGUUUGGGGUCUCGGCUCGCAGACUUUCAGACUGAAACUAAAGACAUAAUCUGGUCUCAGUCAGGUCUAAAUUUCAGGUGUCUGGUUAUGAUUUUAUCUCAAGAUUGAAGUUUUAUCGUCAGUUUUCUUACUUGACUUUAUCCCAAAGUAUUUUCAGAUGUCUCUUUUUCCAUGACUCUUCCACCCUCAUGUCUUUCAUAUUUGCUUUACCUUCCUCCUCAUCUUCCUCCCUCUCCUCCUCUUCAGAUCUGCUGCUGCUGUGGACCAGCUCCCUGCACGCUCUGCUGUGCCUUCUGUCCUCCAGUCAAAUCCUCCACCAGCACGAGGGUCAUGUACACGCUGUUCCACAUCAUGAGCUGCGCCGUCUCCUGCCUCAUGCUGUCCCAAACCGUCUCUGAGCUCGUCAGGGAAAACGUGAGUGUGACGGGAUCUUAUUCUGUGCGAAGGAAUCAACAGAACUAUGGUUUAAUUAGAAAGUUGAAGAGGCAACUGAGCAAAGAAGUGUAUGAAUAAACAUGAGGGUUCAUGAUGCAAAAUAUUUUGUGUUUGUUCAUUUAACCUUUUUUUUACCAGUUUUUUUUAAUUUAGGGCGUCAGAGUCGAGGGGGCUUAGCUCCACACUGACACCACAGGGUAUUGAUAUUAAAGAUCUCUUUUCUGAAGAAGAUCUGCUCAAAACACAAAGCUCCCCCAUCAAAAUUAGCCAAAACAAUCAGUGGAGAUAAAUAGAGUCAUUAAAGAGGCCAGAUAAAAUAUUCACAGGAAGCCUGAAUUAUGGACUUUUUAUCCUUUUAUAAUUGAACAAAAUUCAAGUUGACUAAUUUGCACAGUUUUAAAUUGUUUAAAGCAAAAGGAGCAGAAAACCCACAAAGUUUCUUACCGGUUCUGUUUGGACUUUUGGUGCUAAAAGUUGCGCAACGUCCAACAAACAAAAGUUGUGAUUUCAGUCCUUCAAGAUUUAAAGGGAGGAAUGGUGGCACUCAGAUUUGUCCAGCUUUAAAGAUGAAGAUACAGAGAUGAAUGUACUUUAAAAUAUGAAGUACUGCAGUGAGUAUCAAAGCCACAGACUUUGAGCAGAGGCGUUCAUGAACAACAACACGCCAACACAAUCGAGGAGAGGUCAUAAAAACGUAGAUCCCCAAGAGUGUCUUUGUCAAACCAAGUAAAACCUUCAGCUGCUGUCAAUUUAAAAAGUUCUAAAAACAGAAACUUCCUGUCUGGAGAGAUUAAACUAGGGUGAGUAUGUUCCGAAUCCCCCAAAAGAGGACGCUACUGAGUCACAGAGUCACACGUGGUAGAUUUUAAAGGUUUUUCGGGUCGAGUGUUUUUUACGUGCUUCUAACUCAGUUAGUCCACGCCACACAAACUCAAAACUCCCCCAGACAGGCCGGACAGCCCCCAAAAAAGAGGACAUGUUUCAGUAAAAGCGGACAUACGGUCACCCUAGAUUAAGCUGAUGUGCUGAAACUGCAAUUCCUCAAACGUCCACUUGGGGCUGGUUUCAAAGGCACCAAAAGCCAUAUACACACCCAUCAAACACGGGCCAACUUUCAAACAGAAAUAAACACGUUUACAAUAAGAAAUGAGAAAAAAUGAAUCUGGUCUAAAAAGAUCAUUUCUCUGUUCCUGCACUUUUAUUGUUCAAUUUCUGCUCCAUAAAACUCAAACUACACAAACCAUCAAAGAGACGCACAGAUACAGAAAAGGUGUGUGAGUGUGUGUGUGUUUUUGUGUUUCAGGUGCCUUUCUUUAACGUGGUGUGUGACCAGGCGCACGGCGGCGGCCACUGUGAGAUGCUGGUGGGAUACUCGGCCGUCUACAGGGUCUGUUUCGGCACGUCCUGUUUCUACCUGAUGAUGGCGAUCUUCCUCAUAGAUGUAAAGUCCAGUCAGGACUUCAGGGCGCUCAUACACAACGGGUCAGUUUGUGUACAAAAAUACAUUCCCACUAAGUUUUUAAAGAAUUAAUCUAUAAAGUAGACAAAUAUUGACUUGUUCUGCUCACCAAAAAGGAGAUAAGAUUCUCACGUAACAUCCCUGAACCUUCGAGAAACUUUUCCUCACCUCUCUUUAUAAUCACAAGUCUUUAAAUACUUCCUGAAGAGAGAAAGUGAUGGCGCUCCCCGCUCACCUGAGCCGGCCUCCUGCUCUAUUUAAAGCUCUUUAAUGUCACACUUUCCAUCACAGUCGAUUAGAGCGGUGACGUAGCCCGGAUUAGGAUUUGGACGACUCGUCUUCUCUGCUAUAAUUCUCCUCUCAAGACUCUUAUGGGAGCGUGGCUGAAAGGUCUCAGGGUCUUUGGCAGAGGUUACAGCUCUGACCGCUCUGUGGGGGGGUCAGAGAGUGACCCAGUGCCCCACUGAAAACCUGGACAUCCUCUUUAGGAGCAGACAGUCACAGAGGCAUCCAGGAAUUUUGAUCAAGACUCAGUCUGUGAUCCUUGAACAUCAGAUUAAACUGUUUAUUAACACAUUUACCCUUCUGCUGUCUCUCCUCAUGUCCUCCUUUAGUUUCUGGUUCCUGAAGUUCAUCACCUUGUUGGGGACGUGUACCGCUGCCUUCUUCAUCCCUACGGAGUCCUUCCUGCACGGUGAGAGCAGGACUCAUUUGUGAAGAAACAAAACAGACCCAGUAUAUCUUUGAGCCGGACCCAGAACUACUGUAUCUGUUAGGUGACGGUCUUGGGUCAAGGAGAAGUCCAACUAAUUGACCUCGGUUUUAUACUCAAUAAGACUCAGGGUGCCAAGUGGAUAAAACAAGAGUGGGCCCAAUACCAACCCCUGAGGGACGCCAUAAGAGAUUCCCGUUUCUAUCUGUGAGGUGGUACCUAAACCAUCAGAGACGUGUUCCCUACACAUCAACAAACACUCUCUAAAUUUAUCAAAAGAAGCUGUUAGGUCCAACGGAACCAGAACAGCCGAGUCUCCAGAACCGGGAUCAUUCAAAACCUUUAAAAUUGCCGUUUCCGAUCUGUGAUAUUUGAGAUUCUGUGAGAUUCUUUAGGGAUAAUUCAAGAUCAUAUCAAGCCAGUGAGGAACUUCCUGUCUGUGUUGAUUUUGGCGCCCCCCGGUGGACAGACUACAUAAUUAGUUUUAGGUCCAGAUCAGUGUUCUGUUUCUCAUUGUGACAGAGUGUGAUUUCCAGAUCCUCAGACAUAGUUUCUAAAAAUUAAAACAGCUUUUUGUAACUUCUUAAAAAUUUGAGACACUAAAGAAACUCUGACAUUAAUCAGUAAACAUUUAUUUUGAAAUAUAUGGUCACUAUUUCUAAAAGUUUCUCAUUAUUAUAUUACAGUCUUUCAAUUUUCUAAUUGUGAUACUCUUAUUAUUUUCUCCAAAGGUUUUUCUGAAUGAUCUCUGGAUCUGGACUGAGAGAUGACCAAAGUUUCUUAUUAUCUAUGAUCCUAUUAUAAGUGUGUAAAUAAGAUCUAAUCUGUCCUCGAUUGUUGUGUUUUCUUGUAAUCUGAGAAUAAACCCUCACUGUGAAUUUGGGAUGGUGGUGCACUUCUCUGUGUGUCCUGCUAGAGGGCAGCAGAGAUCUGCUCCUGGUCGACCUCUUCACUUUGACUCUCCUCUCUGAGUUAUUGGCUCGUAAAUCUCUGCGGCGAGGGUUCGUUUUGUUUUGGAACAAUAAAUCUGUUGAUGAUACAAGUCUGAGAUCAGAGCUCGGCUUUGAUUUGCAGUCUGCUCUCUCUCUCUCUCUCUCUAUCUUAUCUGAUCUCCCUCUCUCAUUUCCCUGAAAUAAAUCAAACUCACCUUUUCUCCUCUCUCUCUUUUUCUCUUCUCUCUCAGCUUGGCAUUAUGUCGGUGUGGUGGGAGGAUUUGCCUUCAUCCUCAUCCAGCUCAUCCUCAUCACAGCGUUUGCACACACCUGGAACAAAAACUGGUGAGUCAGAGAGUCAAAACACAAAAUGUUAUAAUUCUGUCAGUUUAUAUUGCGAUAGAGAUUUACAAUAAGAAUGAUGACGGGAUAAGGUAAGAAGAGAGUCUUACCUGAGGCCUGUUUGCUCUGGUUAAAGUCUACUCUCUGAAGUUUUAAAGGAGAUCCUCACAUCACUAUCUUCAUUAAUAGUCAUCUGCCAAUUUCAUGGAAAACAGAAAUUCAUAAUCGACACAGAAAAGUCAGAGCACCUUUGGGAUGAGUCAGGUUUCAUCACCUUCAAGAGUGGUAGAGACAGAGGAGGUUCAGAAAUAAGCAGGUUAGACCUUCUCAAGUGUUCAUUCAUGUGGUCCUAGUCCACACAGAAUCAGGUACUUUUAGAGGUUUUCUGUCCAUCCAACAAGCACAGACUUCCCUCUCCCGGACACUUCAUCCAGCUCUUCCCAGGGGACCAUGAGGUGUUCCCAGGCCAGUUGAGAGACAUAUGCUGUGUCCAAAAUGAAUCACUCAAUCCCUGACCCCUAACCUCCAUAUGGGAUUUUACUAUUUAGUUGACUAUGUAGUGAACUCAAUUACCGGAGGUUUCGGACACUACAUGGCAAGAUGCAGUGUGUGACGGGAUUCCCACCACUGGUGAGUGACCAUCAGAUGGUCACUACAUUUUGCAAUGCUCUAUGGGAAAUUUUUAAUCACCUAUAUAGGGCACUGGAAUUGAUAACAGAGAUUGCGGACACCCCUCAAAAUGGCGCAAACCCCCAUGUAGUCACCUAUAUAGGGGUUAGGGAUCCAUUUUGGACACAGCCAUAGUCUCUCCGGCGUGUCCUUGGUGUUCCCUGUGGUCUCCUACUAGUGGGAGUUGCCCUAAACACCUCACCAGCAGGGCAUCCUGGUUAGAUGCCUAAGCCGCCUCUUCUGACUCCUCUCAACGCGGAGGAGCAGCAGCUCCACUCUGAGCCCCUGUUGACCUUACCCUGACCCUGACCCGAACCCUUUUUCAUCAAACAAUGAGCGUGGAUUAGACCUGCUCUUUUUCAAUGGAAAGUGUAAGGAUGCCUAGCCCAUAUUCACACUUUAACGAAUGAUAAUUUUGACAAGCUUUACUGGUUGCAGAUCUGGGUUACAGCUUCAUCAUGACAGAAGAGUAACCAAGUGAAACAAAGAUUGGUCUGAGAUGGUUCAAGUAUAUUUAGCUGUUCACAAUUCCAAACACUCCGCUUGCAUCUCGUUGACCUAAAGGAGAGUCCGUGUAGGGUUUUAACAAAGCACAACAUAUUUUGGGAGCCUGAGUGAUGUUAAACAUGAAUACAAGGUCCUCGUUGAGGAUGGGUGUCAUCUUGGGAUGACAACCGGUGUGAAUUGGCGCUAUAGAAAUAAAAUUUGAUUGAUUGAUUGAUGACCGUAUCUGUAUCUGUGAUCUUCUUUGGUUAAUACCCACAGCUUGUGACAAUCAGUGAGGGUAGGGAUGUAGAUUGACCAGUAUAUGGAGAGCUUUGCCUUUCAGCUCAGCGUUCACAUAACUGUUGACACUCAGGAACGGUGCUCAUCACAACGUAGAAACUGUCUCAUCAGCCUAUGAAAAGAUCGAGUUACUCUAUUUUACCGACUUUCUAAGAAAUAAUAUAAAAUGACAAAGAAAGACCAAAAACAUUUUUUUCAGAACCCGGCUGGAAACAUGUUUACUUUUGCUCUUAUGAAUGGGUGUGUAUGUGGUUUCCAGUGCUUUGCAGCCAGCCUCUAGUGGACACCGAAGGAACUGCAGUUGUUAGGAGGUUUUGGAUUUAGCUGUUUAUUUUGCACUAAUGACCCACGUCUAAGUAGGAAUAUAUUUGAUUUGGGAUGUUGGGCAUCAAACGCUUUUCUGUUAGAGAAAGUACGAACACAGCCCGGUUUGUCAUGAAAAAGGCUGGUUCAGAUCCUCCACAGACAUUCAGACUGCUGCCAGGUCCACAUCUGGAUAAGACACGGUCUCUAAUGUGAUGAUGGAUUCAUCUUCUGUCCUGUCACACAGACUGACUCGAGCAGCAUCGGUCCAAACAUCUGAUUCACAUUUUAGUUUUGAGUGUUUGAUUUGCAUGUUUGUGGUUAAAUCCUCGGGUAUACUCUGAUUUAACGAUUUUCAUUCCUUUCAUCAGUCGAACUAAAUCUUAUUUUUAUAAUACUGACUUAUAAUAAACAGAUGAGUCAAAGCCUGUCCUUCUGUCCUCCGUUUUGUCCUCUCUCAGGUUGACCGGGGCAGCGGAGAACAAACGUUGGUAUCUGGCGGUGACGUGCGCCACUCUCUUCUUCUACACAAUCGCCUGCAUGGCCUUCACCUUCAUGUACAAGUACUACACACACCCCAUCGCCUGCCAGUUCAACAAGGCCCUGCUGUGGAUCAACCUUGGACUCUGCGGCCUCAUGUCCUUCAUAGCCGUCACUCCGUGCGUGAAGCAGAGUGAGUCGAUGAAACACAUUUACGCGUCUGUCAUUGACUCUCGGCUGUGAAAUAACACUGAGUGCAUCUCGAGUCGUGCACACUUCCCCUGUUGACACCACCGCUGCUGCAGAUAAUAAUAAUAAUCAGAGCAAAGCUGAUAUUAUCUAUUCCACAGGUCUGCUAUGUCCACACAUGUUUGGCUUUUAUUACUGACACGAACAGCUGCUACAAAAUCCUUCUGAAAUGCAAAAUACUGGAAACAUCAACAUGAGAUAAAAAAUGUGAUGAAUCCAGAUAUUAGUGUUUUUCAUCCCUAAUUUAAUUUAAUCUAAUCAGUGUAAACUCUAAAGUGACCCCUGACUCUCUCUCUUUCUUUCUUUCUCUCUUUCUUUGUCUGUCUGUGCAGAACAGCCUCGGUCAGGACUUCUCCAAGCCUCCAUCAUCAGCUGUUACGUCAUGUACCUGACGUUUUCUGCACUGUCCAGCCGCCCGCCAGAGAAAAGUAAGCUAACGACCUUAACACAAAGCAGAAACACAGAGACAGUUCACUGCUGUGAGCUCUGGUCUCUGUGGAGCGUUAACACUGACACACCAGCAUGGAUACAGGUUUCAGGGCUUUAAAGUGCAGUAGAGGUGGAUAGAUGAGGUGCAUGUUUAAUGCAGCAUUCAUUUUAAGAGGUAUUUACUCAACCCCUGAGUUUAGGACGAGUGGCGAGGGUUCGAGCGUCUUCAGGGAGAUAUCAACUACAUGUCAAACGAUUAGUAGAUGGUAGAGAAAGAAAUUUAAACCGCCCUAUGACAUCUGGAUCAGGCUGCCGUCUGACUUCAUCUUGAAUUAAUCAGAUUUAGAGUGAUCCAACGCCUGCAUCUGACAUGUUUGUGCAAAAGUUUGUUGUGUUUGACGCCUGUUGCUGGACUUUUUAGUAUAUCUAUUAGGGCUGCACAAUUGAUUGAUUUUAAAUCGUAAUCGGAUUGAUGAUGUUGAAAAAAUUUAAAUCCUCAAAUCGAUUUUCCUCUCUAUCAUGUCUCGCGCCUCCAGGCCAUGAUAGGCUCCCCCUUCCUGCAGGAGCGCUCGCCAGUUCCCACACACACCCGUGUAAACAAUCAUGGCGUUUGCAAAAGAAGGCGAUAAUUUUGUGACUAAAUAGGACAAGAGCGGGUCAGUCGUGUUGAAUUGGUAUGACUUCACAGUUUCAGGCGAAGAGCAAACCACUCCCCGCUGAAAAGUCUGUCUGAAGGCGGUAUCAACCCGUCCACACGGGAACAAAUUCAGGAGGAAACGCAAAAGUUUUUUGUUGUAUCAUCCACACAGAAACGGCGUUUCAGGUGACUGUAAAUGGUACUUUUUGAAAACAGGUCAGAGAGUGCAUGAAUCUGUAAAUGACGACCAUUUCAUCUCCAUGUGGAUGUCUAUCUGUAUCUCUGGAAACGAUCAUGUGACACACAGCGUAACACUUUUAUAGCGCCUGAGGAUUUUAUUUUUGGCCAAAAUCGUGCAGCCCUAAUAUCCACUAUAUUCAGUGUUGUAAUCUGAAUUUAUUCUUAUUUUUUUCCGUCUAAAUUUCCUCAGCAGUACCUCGUCAUCCUGUCCUGCUUUGACUUAGCACCGACGAGCCCACACACACACUAACAUACACACUCUCGUCUAAUAAAAUCCUCCUCAAUUUACCGUCAAUUUCCUUAUAAUGACUCACCUGCUGGCUCCAGGUAAGACAAAGAGCCUCCACAUGACUGAGACAUUAGUGCAGCAGCUUGUCAGAGGCCCCCUGUCUUAUCCAGGGUUUACAUCUUAAUGGCAUGCAUGCAAACAUAGACGCACACACACACACUCAGUUAGUGAUAAUCUGGGAUGAGAUGUGCUCUGACAUGCUGCCUGCUGGGCUGGUGGCCUAUGGUGAGGGCAGACUGAAGGAUAUUUGUUUCACAUUCCUCAUGAAUCCAUUGACAACAUAAUAACAGAGGAACACAAACCUGGCAGCGUCGUUACAUAUGUUCUCACAGCGGAUGAACAGAUAAAAUGCAGCAUGUUGUUCGGAUCUGCCGGGAAAGACGUAUUCAUCGGAGCCAAGAAGGGUUCAGAUGACACGAGGAGUUUAAGGACAAACAAACAAAACACAGAGCAAAAAUAAUCUGUUUGAAGGGUGCUGUAGGAAAUCUUGGUCGGUGUAUUUUCAUUGUUCGCGUCGAUAUUCGAGCUGGCCAAAUGUUGGUUGUGUUGGCACUGGUAGAUAUUUACAUAAUCUGUAAAGACGGGGAGAUUGAAACAACAACAGAAAAUGAUUUGACAAGCUCUGCUGUCAGACGCUCGGUGCAUGGUGAGACGAUUUCCCCGCCAUCAAGUUGUAGGAAGUUAUUUGUCUUCUGCUGUUUUACAAAGUGGAGGCUUGUUGAUUUUGUGUGUGCACAUUUUUUCACCUGUUUUAGUCACUUUUUGUCUCUUUCUUUUAGGGCUGGGCAAUAUCACGAUAUAUUGAUCAGUUCACCUCGAUAACGAUAAAUAGACGAUAACUACUCCUCAAGCUGCUCACCCCCUCCAGCAUUAACUUUGUCUACUACAUCCAUUCCAACUCUUGAACCGUCCUCCAUCUCCUCACCUGUCUUUCAUAAGGGACAUAAGACCAUAGCCUACCUACACACAUCCAAAACCAACUUUUAUUUAUUUACUUAUUUAACACGGAAUAUACCAAUAUGGGCAAAAUGACGUCAGUUAUUGUCGUAAAUUUCGGUAUCAGUAAAUGUUCGAUUUAUCACCCAGCCCUACUUUCUUGUCGUUUUGCUGUAACCCACUGUCAUGUCGCUGAAGGAUUGAACUGAGGUUUUAAAAGAAGGUAUAACUGAGUAUUAUCUUUAGAGUGAUGCUACGCAAUAUCGUGAGCAAACAAUAGGGGACCCAAUGUGGCGCCUUGAGGUACCCCAAAAGUGAUGGCGGCAGAGAAGUGGCUCCUGGAUCAGAAAGGAAACUGCUGCUGGAGUCUUAUUUCGCCUGUUGUGAUGUUAUUGGAUCUCUUCAUGGUUUUCCAAGAAAAGUCUCGUUAGCAAAAAAAAACAACACCUCGUGACCUCUGUGGCCUCGGGGUCUGGUCUGGACCUGGUAGACUUGUUAUGUAAUAAAUCCACGUACCUUUCAGACCCACAUGAGUCAUCAAACUGCAGGUUUUUGUUUGUCUUUUAACCUCCUCUAGGUUAUUUUAGGUCUAUUCAGUUUGACUACUGUUCUCCUAUAGGUCUGUCUGUACAGUAGGUGUGUGUGUACAGUAACAGGAGGUGUGUGUGUGUGUGUGUGUGUGUGUGUGUGUGUGUGUGAGUGAGUGUGUGUGUGUGAGAGUCCUGGGGCAGCGCAGGACACUGUAGCAACAUGUUGAGAAAAUAUGCACUCAGAGUCUGUUAUAAAAACACCUUUUCACUUCAGACAGACAGUGAACCACACACACACACACACACACACACACACACACACACACACACACACACACACACACACACACACACACACACACACACAGACUGACACACUCUACUGCUCUGAAAUAUUUAAUUUCCACCUACUGUUGCAGAGUUUCCUCUCUCAGCUGCUUUAAUUCACGGGUGCCUCACCUGUCAUGGUAACAUUACCAGGGGGAAUGUGUGUGUGUGUGUGUGUGUGUGUGUGUGUGUGUGUGUGAUCCAUCCUCUUACCUGUCUUCUUAGGUCUUGUUUGCCGAGCCUGUCCCCGGAAGGCUUAAAUUGCUUGAUGACCUCACCAUGACAAACACACACACUCUCUCUAUCACACACACACACACACACACACACACACACACACACACACACACACACACACACACGCCUCUAAAAGGAAGAAUUAGCUCAUAAAGCCACCUCAUGAGUAAGACAUGCUCUAUCUCCCCCAGCGACCUUUGACCCAAGUGUGUGUGUGUGUUCAUUUGUGUGUUAUGUGUGUGUGUGUUAAUGUGUGUGUGUGUGAGGAUGAUAUAAUCUAAGUCCUGUAAUUAGCUGGUGUUUUCACUGACGGCUGAAGGGUCCAUGUAGAGGUUCUGCACAUGCAUGUGUGAGCAUCGUCCUUUGUUGUCCAGAGGGUGAGUUCAUGGGUGAGAGGGUUAGUACAGUGGUCUCCCCCACCCUCCACCCUCACCCCCUCCGGCCCCUCUCUUUGACAGGAAAGGAAAGAAUUUCCCAGGAAAUGAAACGAAGUAGAAAGAAUGAAGAAGGUGACUCAACACUUGACCUCCAUGUGGCACCUUCUCUCGGAGCAGAUGUAGUUUUAACCUGAUGAAAUAAGAUCUGAGGUGUCCGGUCCAAAUCCCUGUCGAACCCACGAUAGUCAGUGUGUUUACAUGCACAGCUUAAUCGGACUAAGAUCAUAAUUCUGUUUUCUUGCCGAAUUGGACGUCUCUCAUGUCCGCAUAUAUGUGCAGCUGAGAAAAUUGAAUUAUGGACGUGAACAUGUCCUCCUCCCCAAAACCAGGGGGUGAUAUAGGUCUUUUCUUUUCCGACCCCGUACAACCGUCAACAACAACAGCAGGUCUGUGCCAGAUGUCAGAAGUGUCUACAACUGCUGCUGGGCAUUUUGGAAGAAGAAGAUGGAGCAUCGUAGCACGUUGUUUUUGUCGUAUAUGAUGGACGCGCUACUUUUUCUGCAAAUGAGACGCACGCUACUCCUCUUCUCUGGUGUUUUUGUUCUGGGGUUAUGGGGGCGUGGUGCACCACCACAUGCAAUGUUCAAUCAUUCUUCGACUACAUGAUUGGAAUUAGAGAAAAUCGAAUUCCAAUUGCAUUAUCUGGGUGUCUUGUCUGGUCUUAAUCGGAGUAAGGCAAUAAUUCGGUUUUCUCGAGUGUCAUAUAAACAUAAAGCGUUCCUCUGUCCCUCUGGUCUCGUUGAGGUUGCACGACUGCGAUCUGACUCUGAACCCGCUGUCUCCCUCUCUGUCUCAGUUGUGUAUCAGGGCAUAAACAUGACCGUCUGUUACCCCAGCGUGGGACAAGAUGGCAUCCAGAACGAAGGCAACGCCGUGGCCAUCAUCGGAGCCUUCAUCAUGUACUGCUGCGUCCUCUUCGCCUGGUGAGUACGCCCUCGUUUUUUUACCGACACGGCGGUGAUUUAGGGAGGACCUGAGCGGGAUCACAUGUGUUUCUAAUCCUCCCCAGUAAUGAAGCUUCCUACCUGGCUGAGGUGUUCGGUCCCUUUUGGAUGAUCAAAGUUUACCGCUACGAGUUCCAGAAAGCCACCUGCUGCUUCUGCUGCCCUGAGGAGGAGGAAGGUGAGUACCGACACAUUUAAAACACGACUUUCUUAACCUUCAUCAGCUGUAUUUAAACUCGAACCUCAUGCAAACAGAGAAACACAAACCAACAAGCAAGCGGAGACGCCUGCUCUCCAUCACACUGAUAUCUGUGGGUCGGUAAACAUCUGUCCUCUGCUCUGGUUUAUCGUUCUCGACUCUGAUGACAGUCGAACCUCCUCCAUCCGUGUAAAGACUUCCCUUCGCUGUGAUGAGACACAUCCUGACUUUAUCAAAACGUCUCUUUCAGCUGAGGAGGAGUUUGUGAUUGACGACGAGAACAAAGGCUGUCAGAAGGUCAUCCACAACGAGACCCAGAGAGUGGCGUACAGCUACUUCUUCUUCCAUUUCGUCUUCUUCUUGGCCUCGCUGUACGUCAUGAUGACCCUCACGAACUGGUUCAGGUGAGUGAAGGACAGACUUGGAUCUUCUUUCAUCGUUUUACCUCCUGAGGUGUGAUGAAGUCAUGAAGUCUGUGCUCUUCUUUCUGCAGUUACGAGUCCGCCGUGUUGGAGACCACCUUCACUCACGGAAGCUGGUCGACCUUCUGGGUGAAGAUGUCGUCGUGUUGGGCCUGCGUGAUCCUCUACCUCUGGCUGCUGCUGGGUCCUCUGUGCAGCUGUCAGUCUGAAUCCAGACCGCGACGGUCGCGCAUCAAACGCCGCUCGGCGUCCUCCCGUCACGUCUCCGUCAGCGUCUGAUGCUCAGAGACAAACGCGGGAGCUUCACUCUAUGCAAGAGGAGAUUUCAAGGGUCAAAGACUCACAGCGCUGUGAAACGGACCAAUCAGACGGCUGAAAGCUCAAUGACCUGCUGGAAAAAAAACUCUAAAAGCGAAUCAGGAAAAGGUUUGAAGGUUUCUGGAAACACUUACAGUAUGAAUUGCCAAAGGGAUCAGAAGGAGGGACUGUCCUCCGUCUGAUGUGGGAAUUACAGUAAGUAGGUGUAAAAACGGGAACUUUUGUGGAUGUUUACCUUUAAAUUUAGUCCUAUUUGAAAUAAAUGUUUAGAUUUUUUAUUAUAAUGGAGGAGGAGGAAUUCUUAAUGUUUGCUUUUAUACGGUUUCAGAGACACACCGUGCAGUUAUGGUGUUUUUACGAUCAAUAAUCAGUGAUUCCUCUGAUCUGUGACAGGAAGCAGAAAUUUUCACCAUGAACAAAUCUUUCUAUCUUUGGUCUCCUGCAACAAAACGGUUAAAUAAAUCCUUGAAGCGAGAAUCAGGAGUGUCCAAAAAGUGUCAGCAUUUUAGAGUCUCGAGUCUCGUAACUGGAGGGUGAAUUUAAAAAGAGAGGGGAAGGUUUCACUUUCAGUCCUGCGCCAAAACAGAUGCUGCCUCUGUGUGGCAACAUUUUUUCCUCACUUUACAGAAAAGAUUGAAAGCAUGGAUGAAAUGCAGAGUGAAUAAAUUCAAACUAAAAGAGAGUGAAGUAACGCAGCAAAGUUUCUUGUUUGGCCGCUGCAACAAGACCUCUCGCCUUUCGGAAACGUUGUGACUUGUAGGCCACUGGUGCCCCUUUUUUAAACAUUAUUUAAUCAGGAGAAAGUCGAAGAGAUUAAAAAUCUCUUUUUCAGCCUAAUUGUGGAUCUUCAGGCUGCUGUUGAUGCUCAUUAUUUAACGUAUUAGACUUGAUUCCAAGUGCUGAUGGUCUUUUACUUUUUGACACUAACUCAUAAAAACGAAAAAACACUGACACUGGAAUAAACAAACCAGGAAGUGUGCACACAGGACCUGAUUUUAAAUGAUCUGUAAACGCAGUUUCUUUUGUACGGUGGCCCCUGUGGGUCAACUGCACUAACAUGUCAUCACUGUGAAAAAAAAUUUAAAUACUUUUUGAUUUUGAGAGAUGAAUAUUUUUGCGGGUUUCUCUGACCUUUUUUUAAUUGUUUGUGCAGUUGACCUUCAGGGCCACCGUACUUUCUGAUUUGACGCUGUUUGAUCUUUGUUUCCUGUUUCGGAGCCAAAGAAAGAUUUGUUCAUGUCUCUGAGUUCAGGAUCUCUGAAAGAAACGAUUCUCUUUAAUAAUUUCUGUCACGCUCAGUGACGGACGGUCAGACGGAGCAACUGAAGGGCAGCUACACACAAAUGUACGAUGUUCUGUAAAGUUCAACAAGAAUAACCCGACGUUUGAAUCGGCGAUAAACCAGAGCUCCACUGAUAUUAGACACUUAAAGGGAUAGUCCAGAGUAAAUUUAAGUUAUGGUCAAACACACCAUCUAACUUCAUCAACAGUACAAUAAGGGUCCCAGGCAUAGUACUAGACACCAAACAUCUUUUUAGCUUUGACUAAUUUCUUUAGCAAAGAGUCUAAACACAACUCACCUACUCUCUUCCAGCAACCGCUUGUUGGUGGGGGAGCCUCGGCGAGUCGAUCACCGAGUUCAGCGGAAAAUCUAUGAUUAUUACUCCAUGGAAAUGCAAUCAGAGUUCUUGUGUAUCUUGUAUGUUCUUCUACAUUGAGGUAACAAACAUAAAUUUUCUGCUGCACUCGGUGAUCGACUGGUCAGGGCUCCCCCACUAACAAGCAGCUGCUGGAGGAGAGUGGGUGAGUUGUGUUUAGUCUCUUUGCUAAAGAAACCAGGCAAAGCUAAAAAGAUGUUUGAUGGCUCGUACUGUGGCAUGAAUCAGACAGAAAUAAUUGAUUCUGAUAUAUCUCUAUGGGUUAUUGAUAACGUUGGUUAGCACGUCUCGUUUUGUUGCUCUCCAGAACAUCGUCCACAUUUUGUCCACACAGGAUUCUUUCUUGUUUACAUUUUUUUUUGUAUUUUUUCCUCAAUUUUAAAAACUUUGAAAAUGAAACCAAGAGUGCUGAAAAAAAAGAAACUCUCCGUCCAAAAAGGGGCGGAAAAGGUUUCUGUUUCCAGCCUUCAGAUGAAGCGGUCGUGUCUGCAGAUGCUGAGGAGGAUUGGAUGUUCACGUUUGUAAUCAGAGGGUCUGUGACGGUAAACGGUAAACGAGCUCUUUCAAAUUAAAUCUCUGUACUUUUGUUUCCUGCAGUCUCAUGUAGUGUUUCCUUUGUUUUAGACGUGAACCGUUUUUGUUUUUUUUGUAAAUACAUGUUUUUUUCCUACAAAC